ACAGCUGCAUAGUGUGUUGUGUUCGUGCAGUGACAGCGUUUGACAGAGCCGUGCACACGUCCGGCGAACUGCAACAAAUUUGGAAAUUGUAGUGGAACUUGUAAACUGCCAAUGUUAUCGCGGACGAGGUUCACAAAAGUAUAUUUACGCAGAUACUAGGUUAUAGAUGAAACUUUGUAGUUUUCCAUAAAGAAAUGGAUCAACUAGGAAUAAACAUGCACGAGGAUAUCGAUGAAAAUGAUUCACAAUCAGAAGAAAAUCAUUCUGCAAGCACUGCUUUGGUUGUUAUGGACGCCAGAGAUGUUAAUGAAUCUGAGAUGCAAACUAUGAAAGGCGAUACAAUAGGUGACACUAUGUACAGUGCCAAGUGGAUUCUCAACACCCUCAUAUCUCUUUCUAAUGUUUAUGAGAAGGGGUGGUCAGAAUCAUUGGAAAAUGAUCUGUGUCUCCUAUGGGAUAUGACGGCAGAGAAAGACGUAACGCUAUUUCUCCUGGAAAAUAAUUUUCUAAAAAUUGCUGAAGUUUCUCUCAAAAUUAGCGUUGGACCAAGAAUGACGGAAAUUCUUGUAGGUAUACUUGGGAAUAUGUGUUGUCAGCCCAGCGUCAUUCAAUCUCUUGGGGACACACAAGAAUUAGUUACUUUACUAUUUAAUUUGCUCAUAAUCGAUGACACAGAAACUCUAAUUCAGCUUCUGAGACUCUUGCGAGUUGCCGUCUGGGACAUUCAACUGCAGAUUGCAAACAACUCUUAUUCAACGUGGCUCAAUAAUCUGAAAAAUUGCUCAAUUUUAGCAUCUUCGUUAAUUUUUAUUUUGACUAGCUCUACAAAUGAUGAUUUGUUGAUUGCAGCAAUUGAUUUCAUCCAAUCAAUUUCAACCACGAUAUUGCCCAAUGAAAGAUUAUUCGAAUCUCUAUUCAAUGCCGAAGAACUCGUGCCAGCUCUGCUGGAAUCAUUUACUCAAGUCAUACCUAAGCAGGAUGGUAACCAUACACGAGCUGAACUAAAAGUCAUUGAAAGCUGGCUCUCCAUUUUGACCUGUGUAAUCCAAUCUAAUAUCACAAUGAUUACCGAAAAUCAGCUCAGUCAGAACCUGAAUAAUAUCCUUGAUACAUUAUUGAGGAUACUACAGCCCUAUGUCCAUUCCCAUAAUUUAUUACCUUUGGACGAGCGCUCAGCCGUAUGUAUCCAUGACUGUGUGAACCUAAUUUCAAAGUUUCAGCGGGAUAAACUACCUGUAGGACCUGAGAUCGUCUUCAUAAUCGUGACGAUCAUGUUUCAUCUGAAGUCAUCGGACAUCUCGGCCAAUUCUGAAAACAACGACGAUAACAAUGAGAGAGAACUUUUAAAAUACCUGGAGAAGUAUUGGUUUGAAUUAUUGGAUAUGUACGAGGGGAAUCAGCUUCAAGAUAUUUUGCAAAUGUGCGAGGAAAAUAUUGUUCAAUUUGUUAUGCAAAUGACCAAAUACCACCUACAAACAACUAGUGACAAAUUGGAAAAAUUAACAAUUGCCAGUGAUUCUGUUAAUCAAUGAAUUAGCUACUUGAUCGUGGUACAGUUUUAUGUACGAAAUUGUAAAUAAAUCUUAAAAUUUGUCAUCUAA